AUGAACUCGACUGACGAGGAAGAGUUCAAACCAGCUACGUUGAACGUCUACUACGCAGCCUGCGAGAUCCUGGUGGCCAUCCUAGCAGUGGCAGGAAACGCCUUGGUGAUAUUCGUGUUCAGGAAGGAAAGGCGACUCAGGAGACGGACGAACUACUACAUUGUGUCUUUGGCGGCAGCCGAUCUUCUAGUGGGACUGCUCGGCAUCCCGUUCGCCAUUUUGUCCUCCGUUGGACUUCCGACAAACCUUCAUGCGUGUUUGUUUACGGUGUCGCUACUUGUGGUUUUGUGCACGAUUUCGAUUUUUUGUUUAGUGGCUGUGUCUGUGGAUCGGUAUUGGGCGAUCUUGCAUCCCAUGGGAUAUUCGAGGAAUGUCAGGACCAAGACGGCAUUAGGUGAGUUAUCAAAUGUUUAA